ACCGGGAUGCAGCUUGCGACCUCUACCAUAGCCUGAUUCUCUUGCCCGGCCUCUACCCACUGCUGGAAAUCCUAGCAAUGUUGCCAUAGAAAUCUCUGAUCUUUUUUCUUUUUUGAAGGAUAGAAAUCUCUGAAUUGGUUCUGCUUCUGAUACUGAAUUCAGUGUUAAGUAAGCCCUGGGCCUGCAGAAAACAAAGAAGAUAUCCCCCUGUAUUUAUAGACAAGCCCAGCUCACCAACCUUGUGUUCUGGACUUGUACUCCUGCGCCACACACGCCGGCUACUCUACACAAGUACACAGCAGCUCAGUUCAGUAGGCCAAGUGAGUGAGCCUUGUGUCGGCUAGGCGGCAUGGCAAUGGCGACCGGCCGGCCGGGAAGCAGCAGCUGGAGGAGUGCCGUGGCCAUGGCAAUGGUGGUCGUCGUGGCCAGCAGCGUGGCCGGCGCGCGCGGGCAGCUCAGGAUGGGGUUCUACGCCCAGAGCUGCCCCGGCGUGGAGCGGCUGGUCGGCGCCUUCGUCCGGGAGCACGUCCGCCGCGUGCCCACCGUCGCCGCCGCGCUGCUCCGGCUGCACUUCCACGACUGCUUCGUCAGGGGCUGCGACGCGUCCGUGCUGCUCAACUCGACCGCCGGCGGCGUGGCCGAGAAGGACGCGCCGCCGAACCUGACGCUGCGCGGCUUCGACUUCGUGGACCGCGUCAAGGCCCUCGUCGAGGAGGCGUGCCCCGGCGUCGUCUCAUGCGCCGACGUCCUCGCGCUCGCCGCCCGGGACGCCGUCGCCGCCAUCGGCGGGCCGUCGUGGCGCGUGCCGACGGGGAGGAGGGACGGCACGGUGUCGAGCAUGCAGGAGGCGAUCGACGAGAUCCCCAAGCCGAGCAUGAGCUUCAAGGAGCUCGCCGACAUGUUCGCCAGCAAAGGCCUCGGCGUUCGCGACCUCGUCUGGCUCUCAGGCGCGCACACGAUCGGCAUCGCGCACUGCUCGUCCUUCGCCGACCGCCUCUAUGGCCACCCCGGCGCCGGCGCCAGCAACGACACGACCGACCCGUUCCUCGACGCCGCCUACGCGGUGAACCUCCGCCGGCGCAAGUGCCGGGCGCCCAACGGCGGGUACGCCGAGGACGCCAUCGUGGAGAUGGACCCGGGCAGCCACCUGAGCUUCGACCUGGGCUACUACCGCGCGCUGCUCAAGCACAGGUGCCUGCUCCAGUCCGACGCCGCGCUGCUCUCCGACGCGGCGGCGCGGGCCGACGUCGAGAGCGUCGUGGCUGGACCCGACGAGGUCUUCUUCCAGCUCUUCGCGCGGUCCAUGGCGACGCUGGGGACGGUGCAGGUCAAGACCGGCGCCGAGGGGGAGGUCAGGAGGAACUGCGCCGUUGUGAACUCCCCCUCCAACUGAUUGUUUCCAUUCUUUCUAGGGAUCGUCAUCAGUGGGGGAUAUGCCAACUUGCUAUCACAUUUUGGUCAUUUGCAGCCGUUAUAAUUCUACUGAAAAUUUUGUGAAGCAUCCUCUUUGUUGUGUUUGAUGUUAACUGUAGAAGAAUGUUGCUGCUCUUGUGUUGCAAUUUGCAAUCUACCAAUUGCAUAUUGAGCUGCAUGGUUCAACCUCCCAAACGUCAAAGAAAGUUGGUAAAUUCGAGCA